CCCCCGGGGUGAUUCGGUACCGGAAAACCCCCGGGACCCUCCGGUCCCCCCCGACGCCCCCCGGGACCCCCGAGCUCUGGCCACGCCCCCAUCCCGGGUAACCACGCCCACUGCCCCACACCCAGCUCAAACCCCGCCCACAAACCCCGCCCCUUCAAACCACGCCCCUCAGCUCCCGCCCGACUUCCGCCCGCGCCUUCACCCGCUUGUACGUCACUUCCGGCUCAACAUGGCGGCGCCCUUGCGGCGGGCGCUGCUGGCGCUGGGCCCGGCCCGGUCCCGGCUCCCGGUGCCGGUCCCAGCCCCGGCGCGGCCCUACCGGGCAGAUCCGCUGCGCCGCCGCCCAGGCCCGGCUCCAACCGACCCCGACGACCUGCGGGCGGCCGCGCGGCGGUUCGGGCGGCUCGGGGACGCGUCGGGGGUGGAGGUGUGGCGGCUGUGGCCGAGCCCGGAGCAGCUGCGGGAGGCGGAGGCGGAGGAGCGCGAGUGGGACCCGCCGCUGCGGGAUGUGGAGGCCGUGCUGGAUCAGCGGGAGCGGGAGGAGGCGCGGCGGAAAAAGGAGAGGGAGGAGCUGGUGUCCCGCAGCCUGGCGGCGAUGCCGGCCCGCGUGGCCGCGUGGCGCCGGGAGCGGGAGGCGCUGCGGGAACGGGCGCGGGCGGACGCGGAGCGGCGGCGGCGGCUCCUGGCCGAGGCGGGGCUCGGGGGGCUGCCCCGCUCCGGGACCCCCGGCCGCGCCUCGGCCCGAGCGCAGGAGCUGCUGGACGAGAUGGAGCGGCAGAAGCGGCGGGAGGAGAAGCGGCGGCGGCGGCAGGAGCGGGAGGAGGCGGCUCGCAGCGCUUUGGCCGCGGCCGAGGCGGCGGCGGCGGCGCGGCCGCUCCCCGGGGCAGCCCCGGAGGGCGAGGAGAAGCCCCCCAACCCCACCGAGAAAACCUGACCCCCUCCCCAAUUAUCCGGACUGUCCCACGGACACCCCCCCAGAGCUGUUUGGAUAAAAAAGAAAAACGAGGACACGGCUAAAAUGGGUUUAAAACUCUGCAUUUAA